AAUGGACUCACUCCCAGCUCAUUUGAGACAAUAAAAAAAAUAAAUUUCUUUGAUCCUCUAAUCAAGUUAAAAUCUUAUUUAAUUGUAAUUUUGAAUUAUGACUUAAUAGAUCCCAAAAAUUAGUUUAGACAAGUUAAUCAGAAAUAAAUUUCUAACCAGGUCCAAGAUUAAAUCCAAAUCAAAUUGAAAGUAAAUCUGGAGAUACUGGAGAUCUCUUUGAAAGUGGAAGUUUAUUACAAAAUACUGAGAAUCAUGCAUAGACUUUAUUUCAUUAACAAAUUACAAAAAGUGGUUCUCUUCUUAAUUAAUAUUGUCCACAUGUUUCUCUUACUCAAGAAGUGGAAAAUAGCUUAUUUGAAUAAAUUAAGUUGCCCUCUACUUGUAAAUUUAAGAAUAUUUGUAAAAUGAAUUGUUAGAUGAAAUUUAAUCCUGCCUAUACCAAUGUUUAAUAAAUUUUGUUAUAUUAACUUCAUGAAAAUUAAAUUGUUGAAUUAAGAAGCACAUUAUUAAAGAAUAAUUCUUAGAAGAUUAAGGUUUGUGAUGGGCAAGGAUGCGAAUUCUAUUUUAUUUUGGACAACUAAUUACAAUAAAGAAAUUAUUACUGCCCUUUAUGUUUAGAGAGUUUUGAAUUAAGAUGA